AAAGCUUCCGUGUUGGUCACAUGACUGUUGGAGCCGGAAGAGCCAGCAGCAGCAGCAGGAGCAGCAUGGAACUGACAGUGAGCUCCGGAGACCAUGCCGGAGACAGCCUGACACAGGUGUACAGCUGCUUCCUGAUGGGAUCGAGUCCCGGACGGAGCGCGGCAGAGGUGGCGGACCUGGUCCUCUCCGGGAUGUGUGGACGGGAGCCCGGUGAGGACAUGGCGUGUUGUCAUGACAACAGUACGGCGCGGAGCAGCUUCAGUCCGUACAUCAGCCUGAGUCUGGUGGCGAGGAUUACCCGCAGCCUGACAUCACAGAGCUUCAACCCAGCUGUGAAGUCAUACUCUGAGGAAGUGAUGAGGGUGAUGCUGGAAGAUAUGGAUCUCAUGUCACAUCUUGUCCAUCACUUCCAGUCUGAAGACCAGAUCAUCUCACAUCUGGCUGCCAAGAGCGUGUCAGUCUGUGUUUUCUAUGUCCUCCAAACUUCAGGUACCAUCAGUCCUGUGAUGAGACAGACGUGUGAGCAGGCGUUCCACAGCUCAGUCCCAGGCACCAUGCUAGACGCCUGUCUGUGGUCACUCACUGAGGUCUUCAAAAACCUUCUGAAAGGAGCUCAUCAAGAGAUCUUUGGGAGACUCCUCGCAGCUUUUGACUCGAGCCUGAGCUCUUUGUGUUCAGACUUUCUCCCCGAGGACAGAAGGACUCGGUGUUCAGGGGAUUUUACCAGCAGCAGACUCUGGGAGACGACACUCUGCCUCCUGCUGGACCUGCUGGAGGUGCUGACUGCAUCCACUUUGAUAUGCGGAGCUUCAGUGAGUCUGAGAAGUCAGAGGUUGACUCACAUCCACUCCUCAGCUCUUCUGGAAACAAUCAGCGGCUCCUCUGAGUAUUUUGUGAGGAAGCGAGCGGUGCUGCUCCUAAAGAGAACCGUGCUGCAGAAGGCAGGAGAGGACUGGGCUUCAGGAGAGGUGCUGCUCUCUGGGCUGAAACACGAACACUUCAGCUCUGAUAUGAAUAGGCUGGCUCAGAGUGUGCUGACAGCCGUCGCUGCUGAUUGGCUGAAGACGGUUCAUGUGGAAUCUGCCUCUUUCUUUGGAGGAACCCGAGCGAUCCGUGAUGAAGACCAGAAACCAGACUGUGUGAUGCUCAGAGGUGUCAGCCUGCUGCUGCUCAAGACCACAGAGCUCCACAUCCAGUCAGCAGCAGGUUCCAGCAGUGCAGCAGAGGUUUAUCGGUACCUGCAGAGUCUGUGGAGCUUCCUGAGGAGGUUCAGUGUUGAGCUGAGCGAGGCCCCUCACCGCUGCUGUUGGGUCAGCCUGCUGUUUGGAGACCAGGAUGAUGACAUGAUUGAGGCUGCCAAAACUUCACUCUCUAUAUUCCUCCACCACAGGCGGUGCUCUGGGUUGGAUGAUUCUGCUGAGCUGGAAGCUGCCUGUGCUUCUGGUAACAACCCUCACUGCAUCUUCCUGCUUCUGCUCCAAAGCAUCUCCUUCGACCACAGCAUUCUCCUUGACUUCCUCAUCUCCACGGAAACCUGUUUCCUGGAGUAUUUUGUGCGAUACCUGAAGUACCUCACAGCCAACUGGCAGGGCUUCGCUGCAGCAUGUAGGAGAAUCAGUGAGUCGGACUGUUGUCUGUCUCUCCAGCAGUGCUCUCCUGCCGCAUGUGGUGCUGAUGCCUUUGAGUCGACCGUUAAAGUGGAGUCAUUUGGGCCUCGUCUUGUGCAAUAUGGCAGUUCUGGGGAGUCAGAUCCAGAGGACAUGGAGGUUGUACAGGAUGAGCUGAGGACAUUUGUUCAUGAAAAGAGUAUAUCAAGUGUCUUGGAGGUGAAACAGGAGAUAAGUGGACCGAUAGAACCUGUUAGACAGAAACAGGAUGAGUCUUCACUGAAUAAAGCGAACUCUGCACUGGAAAGAGAAGCAGAAGGGUCAUCAUCACAGACUUUACACAGCGAGCAAACCGGACCAAAUCUGCCACCUCUGUCAGGACAGGAGACAUGUGAAACAUCACACAGAGCAGUCCUCUGUGUGACUCAGCUCAGAGAGGUGGUGACAAGACUGCAGGCUAAAAAACUCUUCCCUUACAACCCAUCUUCACUUUUAAAACUCUUAGCACAGGUAGAGAAGUGUUCCCAGCAAAACCAUCCAUCACAUUGUAAUAAAUCAUAAACUUGUUUUCUUCUGUUU